AUGCAUUUAGAGAGUGAAUUGGAAUGUUUAAACAGUGAAAUCUCUAAACUUCAAGAUACUUAUUUAACCAAUGAUGACUCUGAUAAAGAGUCUGAUAAUGAAUUUAUUGAUAACGAAACCUAUGAUGGAACUUCAUAA